GACGGGGUCCUGAACGGGGUCCUUCCAGGGGGUGACUUUCAGCCGGCCGUUCGGAGCGACGGACCUUCCACCUCCGAACCAUGGCCCAGUUUGUCCGUAACCUCGCGGAGAAGGCCCCGGCGCUGGUGAACGCUGCUGUGACUUACUCGAAGCCUCGAUUGGCCACAUUUUGGCACUACGCCAGGGUUGAGCUGGUUCCUCCAACCCCUGCUGAGAUCCCUACAGCUAUUCAGAGCCUGAAAAAAAUAAUCCAUAGUGCUCAAACUGGUAGCUUCAAACAGCUCACAGUGAAGGAAGCUAUGCUGAAUGGUUUGGUGGCCACUGAAGUGUGGAUGUGGUUUUAUAUCGGCGAGAUCAUUGGCAAGCGUGGCAUCGUUGGCUAUAAUGUUUGAAGACCAAUCUUUAAUGUCUGGCCAUAUUUGAUUUAUUAUUUGAGUAUUCUUGGACCACAUGUGAUCAGACUGCUAUCUGAAUAAACUGUGUCAAAUAUCAGUGUUUUCUCUG